AUUAGGCUUCAUUCCAAGGUCAGAGGUCACAUUUUUCAAGAUGGCUGCCUCCAUCACGAAGAAACACGUUUUGCUCCGAUUUUGUUGGCAUUUUCGUGUCGCUUUCGCCCAGCAUAGGUUUAAAACCAGUGCAGUGGUACAAUCUAGCUCCCAACAAGCACCAGGCUUAGCAGGAAGUGACAUCGUGGACAUUCUGGGGAAUACGAAGCCGAAGAAACACCCAGGAAAACUGCACGUGAAGACGGUGCGUCUGCCUGAACGACUCGUGGAGGCGGUAGAAACAACCUUACAACGCACGGGCGCGCCUGCAAAUCAGUUGAAACAGAACGCCACGUAUCUUACGAACUACCUGUGGAGUAGAAAGCGGCCCGUUGAAGACGCUGAAGUCAGAAGGAAAGCACAAGAGAUUGCAGAAGAGUACACCCAGCAAGGCCUACUCCAAGAGGAGGAGAAUCUGAUGGAUGAAAAGGCACGAAUACAGCAGAAGAAAGUUGAGCGUAAAGUCAUGAAAAAAGUGCAGCAACAGCUGUACCACUGGCAGCCUGUAACGUGGAAUCAGGCAACAGGGUUGGCAUAUCUCGUGGGGAAGGCGCCGGGUGUGUACGCCGCCACUUAUCGCGUACUCGCGGAGCUCAGUAAGCGAGAACCCAAAUUCCGCCCUAUGACAUUGAUGGACUACGGUUCGGGAGCAGGGAUGACUGUAUGGGCUGCUCAUACUAUCUGGGGGCACUGGCUGAGAGAGUACUCUUGUUUCGAUACAUCGUCGUCUAUGAACGACCUCGCAGAACUCCUCUUGAGGGGUGGCGAAGAAAACGGGAAGCUUCUCCACCCAAACAUCUUCUUCAGACAGUACGAGCUGCCGAAUCCGAACAUCAAGCACGACCUGGUGGUGUGCGCGUACUCGCUGAGCGAACAGCCGAGCGCGGUACAGAGGAUGAGGGUGGUACGCAGGCUGUGGAGGAAGACUUCGCAGUUCCUGGUGAUCGUGGAGAAUGGAACAAACGAAGGACACAAGAUGGUGAUGGAGGCAAGAGAUCUGGUGCUCAGUGGCAAGGCUAGUAUCAGGGGAACACUGACAGAAGAUGUCCUUGACCCGGAUGUUGAAGAUGAGUCUGCUGGUCCAGACCAGUCACAGUCGAGUGACCAUCCACAGUUGAGUGACCAGCCACUGUUGAAUGACCAGCCACAGUCGAGUGACCAGCCACAGUCGAGUGACCAGCCACAGUCGAGUGACCAGCCACAGUCGAGUGACCAGCCACAGUCAAGUGACCAGCCCAGUGCUCAUGUGUUCUCCCCAUGUCCACACGACACAUCAUGCCCUCGUCUUGCAGACAAUUCCAGAACACCCUGCAACUUUCAGCAGUCUUACCAACCUCCUAACUUCAUGCCAGUGCCGCCAAAGAGCGACGGUAACUCUUCCUUGUUCGAAACCUUCUCGUAUGUUGUGCUGCGUAAGGGGCAGAGGAGUGAGGAGUCAAUCAGGUGGCCGAGGAUCGUGCGGCCGGUGCUGAGGCGCCCGCGGCACGUCCACUGUAGGAUGUGCCUGGGGAACGGACAGCUUCAGGAUGCGGUUCUAACCGGUAGGAAGCACGGGAAGCCGCUGUACAGGUGUGCCCGGAUGAGCGAGUGGGGGGACAUGCUGCCAGGGUGGCCACCUAUAGAGACAGUAGAGGAUGUAGCUUCUGCCUCAGACUCAGAGUAGUAGCUAAGACUAACCUGUAUGAGAUCAGUACAUGUGCAACUACAGUCAAAACUGCCAAAGGAGAUCACUUUGUUCUUUAUUUAUUUGCACAUAUUACGUGGUUUAAAAACAAAUUGAUAUACA